ACCAAUUCAAACUUUUGAAAAAUUGAAAAAAGAAGAAAACCCUUUGAGACAGGUAGUUAGAUGCUUCAAAAGUUGGACAAAAUGAUUGUCUAACCCUACUCUACAUCUCUGAUCCUGGUCUCUUUUUAUUCCCAGCAAUCCACAUUACUCCAACCCCCACUUUUGAUUAUCUUCUUCUUCUCCUUCUCCUUCUUAACAAUAGUGGUGCUUGGACAAAGCAAGAGAAUUCAGAAGUGGAAGCCAUGGAAUUUGCAGGAACAACCCAGAAAUGCAUGGCCUGUGACAAGACUGUGUAUCUUGUGGAUAGGCUAACUGCUGAUAACCGUGUCUACCACAAAGCCUGCUUCCGCUGCCAUCACUGCAAAGGAACUCUCAAGCUUGGAAACUACAAUUCUUUUGAAGGAGUCCUGUAUUGCAGGCCACACUUUGAUCAACUCUUCAAAAGGACUGGUAGUCUGGACAAAAGUUUUGAAGGGACACCGAAGAUUGCAAAACCAGAGAAAAUUGUAGAUGGAGAGAAACCUGCAGUGACUAAAGCCUCAAGCAUGUUUGGUGGAACCAGAGAGAAAUGUUUUGGCUGCAAGAAGACUGUUUAUCCCACUGAGAAGGUUUCAGUGAAUGGAACCCCUUACCACAAGAGUUGCUUCAAAUGCAGCCAUGGAGGGUGUGUGAUUAGCCCAUCCAACUACAUUGCUCAUGAGGGGAGACUAUACUGCAAACACCACCACAAUCAACUCAUCAAGGAGAAAGGUAACCUAAGCCAGCUUGAAGGUGACAAUGUCAAAAAUCAAGUCACUGACAAAGUGAAGUCAAGAGAAAUACCUGCCGAAUCAUGAACCUAGCUCUUCUUUCCAACUUCUACUCUCUCUGAACACUGCUGUCACCAACGAUUUUACGCUUGCAAGUCAUCCGGUGUAUAAGCUAUUUGUUAGUAUAAUGUGGUUAUGUUGCAGUUGUGGAUUCUCAGAUUGGAUGCCAAGACCUAUUUGUUUCUGGGAUUUACUGGUGGAUAUUUGUGGCUUUUUAUUGAUUUUUUUUUUCAAUUGGAAACUAUAUCCUCAUUGCUUUUAAAGAACUGGAAAUAUGCUGAGAAUUGUUCU